AUGGCCCCUCCCGCCUCCGCCGCGCUCCUCGGCCCCCCCGUGGCCACCCUCAACACCAACACCGCUGCCGCUUCGGUUCCCAAGCCCACCCGCAGGCUGUCGUCCUCCUCCGAGUACUCCUCGUCCGACGACGACGACAUGCCGAUGGAGUUCGUCGGCGGCUUGGCAGCGAAGGAGGCGCCGCGGUCCGGGCGGUCGCUCGCCUACGCCUCAUCCGGCGACCCGUGCGUCGACUUCUUCUUCAAGGUCGUACCCGGCGCCACCUCGGGCGCCGACAUGGCAGCGCUCCUCGACGUCGCGUGGUCCCGCGACGCGCACGCCGCGCUCAGGUUCGUCUGCCACCUCCGCGGCGUGCGCGGCCUGGGCAAGGGCGACCGGGAGGGCUUCUACGCCGCCGCGCUCUGGAUGCACGCGCGCCACCCCAAGACGCUCGCCGGGAACCUCGCCACCUUCACCAGGUUCGGCUGCCUCAAGGACCUCCCCGAGAUCCUCUACCGCGUGCUCCACGGCGACCGCAUGGAAGAGGAGGGCGACCCUCGCAAGCAGCAGCAGGACGGCCGCCACGGCACCAAGCGCCGCCGCAGCGACGGCGAGUUCCAGGCCGCCAAGGAGAAGAAGCGCCAGGAGGAGGCCCAGCUCGCGCGGACGGCGCUCGCACGCUACGAGUCCGACGAGACCUUCCGCUUCCUUUACGACCGCGUGGCCGAGAUGUUCGCCGAGAUGCUCAAGUCCGACGUCGAGCACCUGCGCGCGGGCGAGACCGCAAAGAUCGGGCUCGCCGCCAAGUGGUGCCCGUCGCUCCGCUCGUCCUACGACCGCGCGACCCUGCUCUGCGAGGCCAUCGCCCGCCGCAUCUUCCCCCGCGAGUCCAGCCAGGAGUACCUCAACAUCUCGGACAAGCACUACGCCUACCGCGUCCGUGACCGCCUCCGCCGCGAGGUGCUGGUGCCGCUGCGCAAGGCGCUCGACCUCCCGGAGGUGUACAUGUGCUCGUGCAAGUUUAAAGAGCUGCCGUACGCGCGCGUAGCCUCCGUGGCCAUGCGCAAGUACAAGGAGGUGUUCCAGAAGCACGACAAGCACCGCGUCACCAGCUUCUUCGACGAGGUGCGCACCGGCCACGCCAGGAUGCCAGCGGAUGGUGUACUGCCGCACGAGCUGAUCACCGGGGCGCUCAAGGGGGAGCACGACGAGGUGGCGGAGCUUCAGUGGCGCCGCAUGGUGGCCUCCCUUUCCGCUGAGGGCCUCCUGGCCAACUGCAUCGCCGUGUGCGGGCUCUCUGGCGCCGCCGCUGCCGUCGCGGACCAGCCAGCCUCGGCGGCCAUCGCGCUGGGUCUCUUGAUCUCUGAACUGAGCCAGGAGCCAUGGAAGGGGCGCGUGAUCACCUUCGACGAGACGCACCAGCUGCACAAGGUGCACGGCACCAACCUCAAGGAGAAGCUGCGGCCACUGGUGGCGGCCAUGGGGGCGCACAAGAAGGGCGCGAACCUGCAGGGCGUGUUCAGCAAGAUCCUGCAGCUGGCAGUGGCCGGCGGGCUGCGCAAGGACAUGAUGGUGAAGAGGGUAUUCGUCCUGAGCGACAUGGACUUCGACGGGUGGACCGGCGCCUCGUCCGCGUGGAAAACAGAGUACCAGGGCAUCUGCGACAAGUUCGCCGCCGAGGGGUUCUCUGUGCCGCAGGUGGUGUUCUGGAACGUGGGGACGUCCAAGGCGUCGAUGCCGGUGGUGGCGGCGCAGGAGGGCGCGGCCCUGGUGAGCGGCUACUCCAAGAACCUGGUGAGACUCUUCCUGGAGGCGGACGGCGAGCUCACGCCUGCAGCCGUCGUUGCCGACGCCAUCUCUGGCCCGGAGUAUGACGCACUGGAGGUGUUCGACUGA